AUGCAAAAGGACGUGAUCAAGAUGCAACACUUUGAGGAUCGUCUGCCCAUGCACCACGCCGCCAGCGACCCAGCCAAGCCCAGCUCCUCGAUUAACUCGUCAGACUCCGAAAAGGUCGUCCUCACGACCUUUGAAAGCUGUGAUGGCCGCGAUCCCACCUCGUUGCGUGUCAUUGCUGAACGCAAGCUCGUUCGCAAACAAGGUCGGUUUAUGACUUUGACUACUCUCGGUUCAUGUACAGCUCGCCGACGGGUCACUCGUCGCUGCCGCCGUUGCUCCCGUGACCCAAUCCGGAACGUGCGGUUGUGAAGCGCGGCAGCACUGUCUCAGGGGCGCCGCGGCAGUGCCGGCCUAGCCUACCUUCACCUUAUUUCCGAGAUGUUUUACUCACUUCAGGGUUGUGUGAUUUCACCUCCUUCCGCCGGCCUAGAUUUUGUGAUCAUACCUCUGGCAGUGUGCCUGUAUCUGUCCGCUUACCUCGGUAGGUGCCUCUCUGGGACCCAUUAUCUCGUCCGAUCGCCCCGGAAUUCGCAAGUUCAGUUCUGGGUAGGCAGCUGACUCUCCGACUGACCCCCUGACGGUUUGGUCUUUGGUCGGAUCUCUGUGACUAGACCGCGGCAACCUAGGCUCGGCGCGUCUGCAAGGCCUCGAAAAGGAAGUGCUCGACAACGAUGACACCAAGUACUCCAUCGCCCUCUCUUGCUUUUUGUGAGUUGCUCCCUCGGACGACAAAAGGCGCGGCAUUCGGAUCACCCGUUUUCCGCGAGCGGCGAAGCGGAGAUCACGCGAAGGACAUCUUUAGACGCGUAUGCCUAGCGAUCACUAACCGAUGUACCUGAUGUACCUGAAAAUCUCCUAUGCAGUAUCACCUACGUCAUUUUCUCCAUUCCCGGCACCAUGCUCGCUAAAGCGACGAGCCCGUCCACCUCCAUUUCGAUCGGCGCCCUCAUUUGGUCCAUCGCCGCUUCAUGCCAGGCGGCGGCGACCAGCCCUGCCGGUCUCUACGUCGCGCGCCUUUUUGUCGGCAUCGGUGAGGCUCUGUUUGGUCAGGCCAUGUCUUUCCAUCUCUCGUGAGUUGCUCAUUGCCGCUCGAGGUGAUCAAGGCUCUGCAGUAGAAGGCUAUUCUGACCGUGGUACCUUUUGCGCGCCUUAGCUUGUGGUACACCAAAAAGGAGCUCGCGCGUCGGGUGAGUGGAUAUUCGGGAUUAUUUUGAGUCUUCUUCAAAGGGUUGUGGCUCGACUUCGAGCGAUGCUGAUGUGAUGCUCUUUCGUCGCUCCUUUCUUGUGGCGGCAGGUUGGCUUGUUCAUCAGCGCCGGUGCGACAGCCGGCGCAUUUUCCGGUCUGAUUGCCUAUGGUGUUGCCCAUUUCGAGAACACAAGCAUCCAGCAGUGGCGGAUCCUGUUUCUGAUGCAAGUCUGCACCAAGUUCGAGCAACUACCACCCUUCGCUGACCCAUCUCAAACCCUUGUUCCGACGAUCCCUGCGACAGUGAAGGGCUGCCGUCACUCCUGCUCGCGAUCGCGGUCUUCUUCUGCCUCCCGACUCGUCCCGGGAAUUCCAAGUUCCUGAACGAGCAGGAGCGCAAGCUCGCACGCCUCCGCCUCGAGGAGCAGUCUUCGUUCGAAGUGUCCUGCGGCAUCGAAUGGUCUGGAGUUCGCCGCGCUUUCAAGGACUGGAAGACGUAUGUGUUUGCCGUGUAUGUCAAAUCUCUCCCCUGUAUCCAGCUUUACAAUACACGAUCCAGCUGACGGCUACGCUGGCAUGCCCCGCUGCUCAAUCGAGACUGUAGCCUGUUCUCUUGCAUGAACUUGACUCUCGGAUCCGUCGGAGGCUUCUUACCGACCAUCGUCAAAGGACUGGGGUACACUGCCCAGAAUGCUCAGCUCCUCACAGUACCGUAAGUUUGAUACGAGACGCUGAAGCGACCAGCUUGGUGGGGCUAGAAAGGUUGGCGUCUUUCUGCGCGCCCUGGAUGGAGUCUUUCUGUGUCGACCGGGAUAUUGAAGUGUCUUGGGAUUCGACCGUCGGUUGGGAGGCUUCCCAUGCCCAAGGUGUCGCUCCUAAUCGCGUUUCAACCUAACACUUGUCCCGAUCGACUCAACGAACGGGUGGCGCGGAGAGAGGCACACUUAGCUGUGUUAGAGGUCACAUCCACAUAGCUUGAACAGACAAUUGCCGAGUGUAUCAUUCGGCCCAACCAGGCUAACUCGAGACGUGCUUGGACUUGCCCAGACCUUACCUCGCCGCACUCGUCUGCAUGUUGUUCCUGUCUACCUUUUCCGAUCGCAAGCAGAGUCGAGGUCUCCCUGUCGCCUCGGUCUUUGGCAUCGGUCUGGUCGGAUGGGGACUCCUCUACGGGAUCCCGGCGCAUGGAGCGACCCAUGGACAGCUCCACGCUCGGUACUUCGCUUGCAUUUGUAUCGUGAUGGCUGGCUACAGGUGAGUUACCUACCGAGAAUCGGAUCGCCGUACCUUUUUAAAGGUGCGGCACCCCGACAUAAGCUAAUCCACUGGGUUAAUUCCUGACAUUUCCGAUAGCGCGAUCCCCAUCAUCGUGUCUUGGGUCUCGGCAAACACUGGCAACGAAUCGCAGCGCGUAGUCGGAUUAGGUAUGCUCAACACCCUCGGUCAAGCGCUGGCGAUCCUGGCGGCGUUCAGCUUUCCCUCCAAGCAAGGACCUCAGUACCGCGAAGGAAUCCUUAUCAACUUAUCGUUCCAAGCGCUCGGGCUUUUGAUCGCGCUCUUCUUGACACUCUACUUCCGCUUGGAGAACCGACGCCGGAACGAGCUGGAAGGCUAUCCUCCGUAUGGCACUCUGCUGAACACCGGAGAAGAAUUCGACCUGGCGACUGGUUUCCGUUACGUUGUGUGAGCUGUUACUUGAUAUGUGUCUGUGCCUGGGGUAUCUGUGCGGGUGCGGGUGCGUUUAGUUAUGAGUAACUUGAGUAUUGGAGCUUAAGCUAGAAAAUCCGCGAGGCUUUCUUCUGCGCGGCUGUUUACUCUUGGCAACUUUCUCGUCACUCGCUCUUCGUUGUGGUCCUGACUUCUCGGCGUGGCUACCUUUUUCCUAUCGGAAGAUCAGCUACUGGAAUAGUGUUAUCGCUCCUACAUUGUGGUCCUACUUUCUCGGCGUCGCUACCUCUCUCCUAUCGGAAGACAAUCCUCCGCGCUUGCACCGUUUCUACGACAUGAGUAAGCCCCUUGUUUUGGCGGGAUGUCUAGUCAUGGAGAGGCUUUUUUAG